AUGCCCAAACUCCAGAAGGGAGGAGAAAACAAGAUCGCAUUCAAAAAGUGUGCUUUUGCAAAGAAUUUGAAAAUCUUAGCCAAGGCAUUUGAGCCAUUCGUUCAAGAAUUAUCUAAUGAUCUCGAAAUUCAAGCCUUGUUGAAGAAAUUAGAUAGCCAAGAUCUGCAUCCAAAAGGCCUUGAAGAUUCCCGGUACCAACACUCUAGCAGCGAUGCUAGUGAUAAGUUGCAAGUACUUUUCGAGGAAUUUCCUGGUACUUCAUCUGUUUUCUUCAUAGGCACAUCAUCAAAUCCAGGCUUGACCAUUCCCCUGGAAGAUCUACAGAAACUUGCUGCAGGAAGCUGGAUUUCGGAUACUGUUGUAGAUGCAGUCAUGCAUCUAUAUCAUGAGAAGAAGCCAAGGGAUUUGUACUUGUUGAGUUCGUCCAACCUCGAAAUAUUCAAUAGCGAGCCAAAGGAGAUUAAAAAAGGUCUUUGUAAGAUAGUACUUUACGUCAAGGCCUUUAGAAGUCACUGGACCACCCAACUUGCACAAAUUACCACACCAGUUGGACCCAAAGCAACUAUCUCGAUCAAUAUCAAGGUGUGGGAUAGCCCUGACACUAGACACACGCCGACUUUGGAUUUCCAAAGAUGGCUAACGGAAGUCCUCAUGUUGGAACAAGACCCAAGACAGUCAAGUGUUCAGUACAAAGAAUGA